AUCUGCUCUUACGCGCACUGCACCGCAGGUGCAGUGGGAGUGUGUCAGAUACCUGUCUUAGGCUCUAGCCUCUCGGAGUCCCCUUGGUAGCGGUUGCGCAAGGUGGCGAAUGCAGGAGGCAGUGGUGUCGGAUGAGGAGCGGAGACACGACACGCUGGUUGUGGAUAACUCCGUGCGGUCACGUCACGAUUGUGUUGGUCUCUGUGUACAGGCGACUCUAUCGUCUUCGCCCGUGCCAGGAGCAGAAGGUGGGUCCGCGGUUGCAAUGAAACAGGUAACAGCGUAUGUUCACUUGCUUCCUCACCUAAUGAAUGGCGUGAGACAGAAGCACUGGCGGACUGUGUCGUUGUUGGUGUGGAGAGGUAAAGUGCUCUGUCCUGUUGCCACGUGUGUAGCUAUUGAUACGGCUUUUGGGGUAGAAGGGUGUGUGCAGGUCAUCGGCGGAAAGAUCUUUCGACAGCAGCAGGCAGCGGAUUUCGUACUGUUUUCGGUGCAGUAGUAUCUCGACUGUGCAACAUCUGAAGGCAAGCAGGGCCAUGGUGCAGGCAGCGAUUUAUAAUCAGAACAGUACUCUGAUACGAUGCUAGGCGUUUUGCUUGCGGGCUAUUGACGAGCCCUCCAAUCGUAGCUAAGGGCAGGCCCAUCAUGUCGUGGUCUGCAUCUGUCAGUGUGCAUCGUGGAUGAAGCCGAGAGUGUUUGUUCUGCGGAGAGCCGAGUUUGUGCGGCCUGUGCGACUGAGUACCAUAGUCAUGAAGAUUUUCAGUUGUUGCCGCGCUUUUGUUUUUUCGAUGGUUCUGAG